AUGGAAGUGUGGGGUAUACACUCUCGGAACAGGAUUGUGGAGAACUAUUGUAGCUGUAUCCGCACACGCAUAUUGGAAAAGCUAGGUGUACCUCGAGAGAUUGCAUGCUUUGAUCUUGAAACCGAAUCUUUCAGCACGUUUUUCGUUCCUGAUCAUCCUACUGAUCGUCGUAGAACCCUCUGUGCGUUGGGGGAUUGCUUAUGCUUGUGCGAUACUUCUCGUGGGUGUGUUGAUAUAUGGUUGAUGAGCAAAUACGGAGAUGAUAAAUCUUGGACAAAGGAAUUUGCUAUCAGGACAAAACUGGCACAUGGUAAAGAUCUUGUGCCCAUCAAAAUAUUCUCCGAACAAGGCAGCCGCCGACUGCAUUGCUACUCGAGCAAGUGCAAGACUACAACUAUUCGACAUAUUGAUCUUACUGGAUCGUUUGACAGGUCUCGUAUGGAGCCCGCUGUUUAUGCCCCAAGCUUUCUACCUCUCAAGAAUUUCGCUACGGAGAAUGUGCGCUCAUUCUGA